AAAGGUUAUGCUUAUAUUAUUUUUUUAAAGUCGGUAAAGAAAUACCAGUAAAGAUUAAAAAGAUUUAGUACGGUACUAACAGAUUUUAUGUAUUCAGAAUUUAAGUUUAAUAAUUUAAAAAAGUUAUUCAAGUGAAAUGGACAUUAACGAUAAAAUAGCACUACUAAAACUUGAGGAUGAAAGUAGUGAAUUAAAGUACCAAUAUAUUAACGUUUUUAAAAACCCUAGUAAGCUUCCAAUAAAUCAAAUGCAUUUAGAAAGGACAUGGAAGGAGUUAAAGAAAAAAAUACCAAAAGACUUUGAUCUUUUUAAUGCAUCUCCAGAUGAAAUAGAAAAUGCUUGUUUUGAGAAGAAAACCGAAAUUCGUCCUGCCCUUGACAAAAAGUGGUUGCCAAAAGUUCAUUUUUCUAAUUAUCAACCGUACUCUUUUGCGAACGACACAGAAGACUAUGAGUGUUAUAUAGAAAAAAAUUUGCUAUUUCUUGAAGUUUUAGAAUAUUUACUAAACUGCAAUUAUCAUCAGUUUUGGUGUACAAUACUUUUUGAACCUUUGGCAACAGUAUCAUUGAGGAGUUUUCUGUUAAGCCCAAUUUUACCAUUUCAAACAUCGUAUUUAGAUAGUGAAUAUCUAGAAAUAUACAAAGCGAUCUAUACAAAAUUUAUUCUGGUGUAUCGAAAGUUACUGUUAUUUAAACAAAACGAAGUAGAGUAUAUGCCAGAAUCAUUUGGUUUAUCAAAAUUAAUAGAGCAGAAACUAUUAAAUUUGCCAAUUGUUGUAACAUUAGCACUUUUGUACAAGGAUACACAUUUAGAAUUUGUGAAUAAAGUUUCCAAUAUUUAUUUUGAAAACCCAUUACAGUCCGACUUUUUAAUUAAAGAAGUGGAAUCUACAGUUGAUGAGAGCUUUCAUAUUUUAGAAAUGAUCAAUGGCUACCUCAAUGGGUUUGAAGAAAAUCAUAUAAUGAUUCCUAUUUCCAUAGAAAAGCGACCAGCUGUUUUCAGUUUAAGUUGGGUUUACAGUUUGGUCACUUACUUAUUGAGUACUGUUGCGACAAUAAAUGUAUUAUUUCAUUUUCAUAAACCUGCCGUAGAAUUUGCUUUAGACAAAAAAUAUCCAUAUAGCGUACCGUAUCUUUAUGUGAGUAUUUACAAAGAACUUUAUCAAUUAUUACAAGGAAGAGACGAAUUAGUAACCCAAGUUGACUUAUACGAAAAGGUAGUGAAUGAAAUAAACUUGGGAAGAGCUGAAAUUGUUGGACUAUAUCAUACAUUUGCUACCUAUUGUUUAGACAAAACCUUAGAAAAUAUAGAUGAUAGUACAAAACAACAAACAUUUGUUGAGGACUAUUUAAAACUGAUGACAACAGCAUUGGAUGAUGAAUAUUUUAUAUGUGAUUAUAAUUCUACCAAUAGUGUUGAAAAUUUGAAUGAAAUGUUCCAGAGUUGUUGUGAUAUAGAUUCGACUCGUACUGAGUUUCUUGUGACUUGUAUUAAUAAAUUACCUCGAAAUAAAACCCUGGAAGAAUACUUACAAUUACAAGAUUCAGGAAUUGAGACUACAUUUAGGAAUUUUGCACCGGCACAGAGGAAUCACUUUGCCGUCGUAGAACCAGAAGCUGGACCUUCAGGUGUGCAGAAUCAUGAAAAGAAUGCGGAGGACAUAGAAGAGAAAAUACAGUACAUUAUGGACAUGUUUCCUCAUAUUGGAGAUGGUUUUGCCCUUCAAUGCCUCGAAUCGUAUAACUACAGUACUGAAGAUGUGAUAAAUGCCAUAUUAGAAAACAACUUGCCUCCUCACUUGUCAGAAAUUCCAUUUGACCAGAUAAGAAUACCUCCAGAACCCGAACCAGAACAACCGAUUUUAGCUUAUAAAGGCAAGAAACCUGAAUAUGAUGAUGCAUUAAAAUUAUUAAACGACAAAAGGGAAAUUAAGGAAAUAAAGAACUUGGUAUUAGAAGGAGUACAAUAUGAAUAUGAUCACCUCUAUGACGAUGAAUACGACGAUAGGUAUGAUGACGAUGUUGCAAUUAGAGUUCCUGAUAAUCCAAUCACUGAAGAGUUAGCAGUCUUUAAUCCAAAUAGGAAAAACCAAAAAGAAUCAGAAAGCGAUGAGAGCUCAGAGGAAGAAGAAAAGGAUAGUGGUUCUCGUCCUAAUAAUAAACUGAAUUUCUGCGAAGAUCCGGCCAUAUUAAGAGAAAGGAGGGAAGCUAGAUAUAGAAAUAGGCCACAAGCUAGCACUACAAAUAAGCCAAAGCCUGACGUAGUUGGUAAAGCUAAGGGCCAAGGACAGGACAAAUCUGUACUGAUUAACAGACAAAAGAAGAGCGUCAAUAAGUCGAGUCACGGUAAUCACAACAGAAAAGGCGGAGCUCAGUGGAAAAGGAGCAGAGGAAUGUUUCCAUCAUAGUAUUGUGCUUUAAAUAUUAUUUCGUUUAUUCCGUUUCGUUUAUCUCCUAAAAUUUUUGUUAAUUUCGUUUUGAUUUUUUUAUAACUAAUUUUAAGAGAAUGUUAUUUAAUUCAAAUAAAACAAACAUUUUGUUUAA